CUUUCAGGAGAAAAUGAAAUGUGUAAGAAGGAAGUGCCUACAGCCGAGCCGGGUCCUGUUGCUCCUCUCUGUGACGUUUCUCUUUAACUUCUACCAGCCGACCAUCAGUGCAAGUGUGCAUGAGACUUUCCCCUCGCCUCGGGUUGGAGAAGAUUUUGGAGAGGAUUCAGAUGAAGGGGUUGGGGAAAUGACAAAAGGGACUUCACAGGAGGAGACUCUAAGGACAGCCCAUGGAUUAGAGUCUGCAGGUCAAACAACAGCACAGAUGCAUACGGUAUAUCAGCCGGAUACCUCAGAUCACCAAGAAUCCGACCUCACUGAAUCUUCUCCAUGUCCAAAACAGACUAUUGUUCAUUGCCCCUCUGCAACAUCUGAGCCUGCGACCACCAUCACUCCUGCUUUACCUGACCCAGUUCCAUAUGUUAGGAGUAAAUACCCCACAGACUUAUUUUCUGUUGAAGACCGCGGACGAGGUUGGGUGAUCCUUCACAUUAUUGGGAUGACGUACAUGUUCAUUUCACUUGCAAUUGUUUGUGAUGAGUUCUUUGUUCCUGCACUGCAAGUCAUCACAGACAAGUUGGCCAUCUCUGACGAGGUGACAGGAGCCACCUUCAUGGCUGCAGGCAGUUCUGCUCCUAAGUUUUUUGCCACCAUCAUAGGUGUCUUCCUGGCCCACAACAAUGUGGGUGUUGGUCAAAUUGUUUGCUCGGCAGCUUUCAACCUUUUGUUUGUGAUUGGAAUGUGUGCUGUGUUUUCGCGAGAGGUUCUUCGUCUAACCUGGUGGCCACUUUUCAGAGAUGUGUCCUUCUACAUAUUCGACCUCAUCUUACUCAUCAUCUUCUUCUUGGAUAAUGUCAUCACGUGGUGGGAGAGCAUGAUGCUGGUGACCAGUUACUCUCUCUACGUGAUCUUCAUGAAGUUUAAUGUGCAGAUAGAGAGAGCCUUCAAGAGGAAACACCACAACCACAGGGACAUUUUGAUGGUUUUUGAUGUGGAGGAACAGGAAAAGGAGUGUGUUCCUACAGGACAGGAUGGGUCAGAAGACUCUAAAAGUGUUCUAGGUCCUGAAGAUGAUAUUCAUAAAGAUGGGAGGGAUUCUGUUAAAAAUAAUUGUGAAAAUCUGGUAAAAGAAGAAAGAGAGGAAGAGAAAGAAAAAGGGACAACGGAUAGGCCUCUGUCUUUAAACUGGCCUGAUACACUUCUUAAACAAGCCACCUACCUCCUCCUGCUGCCCAUAAUCUUCCCUCUGUGGCUCACGAUUCCAGAUGUCCGCAACCAGAAAUCCAGAAAACUCGUUGUGAUCACCUUCCUGGGCUCGAUUCUGUGGAUUGCUGUUUUCUCCUACUUCAUGGUGUGGUGGGCCCAUCAGGUGGGUGAGACCAUCGGCAUACCAGAUCACAUAAUGACCCCUCUGGCUGCAGAGUUGUCCAUGCCCGACCUCAUCACCAGUGUGAUUGUGGCCCGUAAAGGCCGGGGGGACAUGGCUGUGUCCAGCUCCAUGGGCCGUAACAUCUUUUGUAUCACAUUGGGUCUUGCAGUUCCAUGGCUCCUGCUUUCAUCCUUCAGUGGUUUUGCUCCGGUGCCUGUGAGCAGCAGUGGGUUCUUCUGUAUCGUGGUGCUGCUCCUUUUCCCGCUCCUCUCUGUUAUCAUCUCUGUUGCAUCCUGUAAAUGGAAGAUGAGUAAGGUGCUAGGUUUCACCAUGUUACUGUUCUACUUGAUCUUCCAGGCGAUAAGAUUUAUGUUCCAUUAUAGAUUCAUCGUUUGCCCUGUGUAAUGAAUUUGGGUGUGCUAACAUUUCUUAACAUGUCCAUUUAUUCUAAUGUUUCUGAAAUUGCUUAUGCUAUUUUUAAA